AUGGUAAAACGACUGGCAGAAGACGUGGAUGAAGAAUGGUAUCAACAAUUAAUUGUUAGUAUUGAUGGAACUGGGAAGGUUCAAUCAAAUCAAUCAGUUAUGAGGGUCUUGAGUGGUCAUAAUAUUGAAGUUUUGUAUGUAAAAUUUGAUUUGGGUGGUGAUCAUUUAGUUGCAGCUUCAACUGAUUUUAAUAUAAAUCUUUGUGCAUUUUAUGAAGAAGACUUUAAAAAUUAUACUCCAUUGAAGCUUCUUGAAGACAUUGUGGUCAUAAUGGAAUCUAAUAGUUGUAAUUUGAUUGCUUCUAAUAGUUGUGAUUUGAUUGCUUCAGGCUUGGAUGAUGAAACAGUGGUGAGUUGGUGUGAAGAUGAAACACAUGCAUUGGAUAAAGUUGAUCUUAAUCAUCCAUCAGAUGUUGUAUGGUCUACUGAUGGUCAACAACUCUUUAUUGGUGCAAUUGAUAAUGAUGUACAUUACUAUGAUUUACAGAAGAAACAAGUCUCUUGGAGUUUGUGUGCUCACACUGAUACCAUUCCAGGUCUCAGGUUGAGUCCUGAUGGGAGUGUUUACUUAGUUCUGCCUUGUGUGAUACAUUAUUUCUUAAUUACAAGCACCUUCAUGGGAUCCCACCUGAUUGAUCACCUACCAUUUGGCAUAAUAAUUGGUCAUAAAGGAACUUUCACCUCUGAAUUGCAUCCAAAAGAAUCUAUCAAUGCAAGUGGAGGGCUACAUAGACAACUGUUUCUUGUUGAAAUGGAUUGA